CCUCGCGUCCGCGCCUGGCCCCCGGGCCUGUUUUAGCGGUCGCCAUGACGGCGGCCGUGUUCUUCGGCUGCGCCUUCAUUGCCUUCGGGCCUGCGCUCGCCCUCUACAUCGUCACCAUCGCCACGGAGCCAUUGCGCAUCAUCUUCCUCAUCGUCGGAGCUUUCUUCUGGUUGGUAUCGCUACUGCUCUCCUCCCUUGUCUGGUUCGUGGCAAGAACCAUUACUGACGGCGAAGAUGAAUCAAUACAGAAAUAUCUGCUGAUCUUUGGAGUGUUAAUCUCAGUUCUUAUCCAAGAGAUGUUUCGGUUUGCAUAUUACAGACUUUUAAAAAAAGCCAAUGAGGGUUUGAAGAUUAUAAACCCGGAUGAGACAGCACCUUCUAUGCGAUUGCUGGCCUAUGUUUCUGGCCUGGGCUUUGGAAUCAUGAGUGGAGUAUUUUCCUUUGUAAAUACCCUGUCUGACUCCUUGGGACCAGGCACAGUGGGCAUUCAUGGAGACUCUCCCCAGUUCUUCCUAAAUUCAGCUUUCAUGACGCUGGUUAUCAUAUUGCUGCACAUGUUCUGGGGUAUUGUAUUUUUUGAUGGCUGUGAGAAGAAAAAUUGGUAUGCCCUUCUGGUAGUUCUUCUGACCCACCUGCUGGUGUCAGCCCUGACCUUCAUUAGUCCUCACUAUGCGAUAAGUCUGGUGUCAGCAUACGUGAUCAUGGUGCUCAUGGGCACCUGGGCAUUCUUUGUGGCUGGAGGCAGCUGCCGAAGCCUGAAGAUGUGCCUGCUAUGCCAAGACAAGGACUUCCUCCUCUUCAACCCGCGCUCCAGAUAACCUCUGAGAACCUGCACCUCUCAAACAGUGAUGGCUUUAGGAAGCUGAUGGUGUGAAAUGGAAAUUUCCAACACAUUAAAGUGAUAGAUACCCUCAGUGAAUCCCAUCUGUGCAGUAGAACAUCCAGAUGAAGUCGGAGCAGCAAUGGCAGGGCUCACCGGUGACGUGACAGAUGGAAGGGUUUGACAGUGCCGUAGUGGGGAAGAGUCGUGAACGUGUUCAAAAUGGGAAUGUGGCCAGUGUUUUGGGCCAGCCACUCAUCAUUCCAGGGACCAGGACCUUACACUGGAACCUUUCUCAGUGAAAUCCCCUCGCAUGUUUAAAUUACUGGAAUUUCUCAGUCUAGUGAUUCAAGAGCAGUAGGGUUUCUAGCAAGGCUGUGAAUAGUCUGAUAAGCAAUUACAGUCAUUCCCCUGAGGUCUACUUCAAUACUCAUACCAAUGCUUCUGCUGGAGUUUGCAGUUUCCCACCUUUAUACAAGAUUUCCUUAGACUCAAAGAGUCAUAGGCAAUGUCAAGGACAUAGAGACUAAAUAGUGCAAUUUACUCUGCAGAGCUGGAACAAGAUACCCACUGAACUGGGCUUUAUUCCUAUUGGAACAUGGUAUUUUUUGUUGAACAGAAUAAGAAAAAUACAUAGUUGGUUAUUACUAUUGAUUUAUAAAUCUCUUAUAUUGAUAACCUGAUAAAAUAUUUGCUGAUCUAUAAAUGUAGAAAAAUCUGAGAAUACUAAUGUUAGUCAUAUUUGAGCCCUGAGGAUGUCCUCUGUGCAUUGAUAGUUUAAUAUUAAGAAGCUGAAAUGUUGUAAAAUCUCACUUAUAAAAGCUUCUCAGGUGAGGAAAUUUUCUUUGAUGGUGAGACUGUUGUCUUAGUUCAAGAAGUAAUAACCUUUGAUGACCUGUGAGUAAAGGAACUUUGUAUUCCUGGUUUCUCUUAGAACGUGAGCAUUGCCAUAGUUAGCGUAGGCACUGUUGUUGCAAAUAACCUACUAGCCUUGCUUUGCCUGAUGCCAGGGAAGCCCAGGGGGGAGAAUAUAGUCAUCUUGUGUUGCUACACACACACACACACACACACAUACACACUCUCUCUCUCUCUCUCUCUCUCUCUCUCAAAAAUUUUGGCAUCUAUAAUGAGCUUUCUGAACCCUGACAGUAUUUGGAAAGGAGGAGGUGCCUGACAGUGUUUGGAGAAGA